GGACUUGGGAUAGUGUGAUUCCAAAAUGGCGGACUAAGGACGCGAUUUCUCAUUCAUUUUUUUGAGCUAGCUGUGUGGAUAUUCGUCAAGCAAAACAUGACUUAGAGAGGACAAAUUGCAGAAAAGUUAUAGAACUGUAGUGCUCUUCCGAUAUAACCCGGAAAUGGAUACAGAACAAGAUGCGAAGAGUGAGGAGAGGCAGCAGUGGAAACUUGAGAAGGACACAGAGUUGAGAGUCGAAGUAGCAGAGGGUGACAGAGAAGCUAUCAUAGUGCUUCUUUCAGGAAAUGCAGAAGUCUUUGGCACUGAGCUGGUAAAAAAUAAGAAAUUUACCUUUAGGCCUGGAUCAAAGCUUGCAAUAUUUACCUGGCAAGGCUGUUCUGUGGAGAUUCAAGGGCCACUUGAGGUUGCUUACAAAUCAAAAGAAACCCCUAUGGUGAUGUACUUGAACUUGCAUAUGGCACUGGAACAGAUGAGAGAGAGGGCUGAUAAACACGAAGCAGUAGAACUAGGGCCAAGGGUAAUGGUCGUUGGUCCCACUGAUGUUGGAAAGUCAACUGUUUGCCAGCUUUUGUUGAAUUAUGCAGUGCGAAUGGGACGGCGGCCCAUCUCUGUGGACUUGGAUGUUGGCCAGGGUACUGCAUCUGUUCCAGGAUCUAUGGGAGCACUCCUGCUAGAAAGACCAGCUGACAUUGAAGAAGGAUUUUCACUUCAAGCCCCUCUUGUUUAUUUGUUUGGCCACACUUCCCCCAGCCCAAAUGAGAAACUCUACAACAUGCUCUCAUCCAAGAUUGCAGAUAUUGUUUUUCAACGGUUUGAAAGAAACAAGAAAGCCUGUGCAAGUGGGUGUGUUAUUAACACCUGUGGGUGGGUUACCGGCAUGGGCUACCGUAUUAUUGUACAUGCUGCAACUGCAUUCAAAGUAAAUGUGAUAGUGGUUCUUGACCAGGAAAGACUGUACAAUGACCUCAAGAACCAGUUUGGUGAUAAAGUACAGAUUGUUCAUUUACCAAAGUCUGGUGGAGUGGUUGUUAGAAGUAGAGAAACACGGAGGAAAGUUCGUGAUGAAAGACUUAGAUCAUAUUUCUAUGGCCAGCAAGCAAACCUAUAUCCCCACUCAUUUGAAGUGAAGUUUUCUGAUGUGAAGCUAUUUAAAAUUGGAGCACCCUUAGUACCUGACUCAUGUCUUCCAUUGGGAAUGGACCAAGGACAAAAUGAAACCAAGCUUGUACCAGUCGUUCCAACAAAAGAUCUGAAGCACUGUCUGUUAGCCAUUAGUGCCGCUGAGAGCUUGGAAGAGGAUCUGGUCCAAACCAAUGUCAUUGGCUUUCUUGUAGUUAAUGAAGUUGACUUGGAUCGUGAAGUUAUGGUUGUUUUGUCCCCAGCCCCCAGACCAUUACCCAGGAAGUUCUUACUUCUUAGUGAAAUCAAAUUUAUGGAUUUCAAAUAAAAACUCAUCAAACAUUUUUUAUUUCCAUUGUAGCAAAGGUUUUGAUUUUUUCAUAUCUGUAUAUAGAAGAAAUACUGUAUUUUUAUUGUUGCUAUUUUGCUAUUGUACCCUUUUAUUUAAAAGUGGCACUGUUCACAGUUUUGUUGCUGAUCUUAGAAAUAAACUAUAAAAUAUAACUAUAAAUCCACUGUCGUACAUUUAAAUAAAGAAUUGAAAGAAUA